GCAUUUCUUGUGUUUAAAAGCGUUUGGAUAAAAGCGUCUGCCAAAUGAUAAAAAUAAAGUAUGCAGCUGUGUAUUCUGCGCAUGCGCGCAAAGGUCGUCAACCGUUGUGACUGUCGGAGAAGGUUGCCAAGCAACCGCCCACCCAGUGCAGCAUCAGCACCUCGCUCUGGGUGAAUGCGGUGCCGCAUUGAACAAAUAUUACGGACACGUGCUACCAUAAUGCGCUGCAUGUUUUAUUUUUCUAAAACGGAGUCCUGCUGAAAUUGCCUCGGACAACGUUUACAUGGCGCAAAGACUAUAUCUGUGAACAACACACGUACGCAAAGACUCUUCAAGUCUGGCGCGAUUACGUAGUGAUGCUCAUGUCCGGGAUACGGACGGGACGGGAGUCCUCGUGACUGCGGGAGGAAAAGGGGGAAACUGAACAUAGGACAAAACUCUCUCAAAAGGAACACCGUGGCUUUAUAAUUAUUAUUCGAAACAAACGGAUGCAUCAUGGGAGCAACAUAGCGAGCUGUUCACAACAAAUUGACUCCGCGCGCCUGCUUUCAUUUCCUUUUGUGUCGACUCUUCCCUUUUCUCUCCUGACACCGCUGUGCUUCAUGAGACGUGUUUUCCGAGUUCAAGUGGGUCCUGCGAGGCUCUCUAGUGGAAACCCAGUGAAGAUACACUCCGAUGUGAGCAGGACUCGUGUUGUGUUAUCCUCCUCCGCGGAGUAGCUAGAAGGCCAAAGCUGCUCCGCUCGGCCUGCUGAAGGCUCUGGGUACCGCAAUGCCGCGGGGAUGGGGAGAGAGAGAGGGCAGGUGGGCGAUGGACCAAGCCAGAUCAAGGGAUAUCGGAGAAUGCAGAUGUACGACGCCAAGAAUAAAUGUUGACACAACAUAAGUUGAGUUUUAACAGCUGUGGAUGUUAUUUAGACCCUAACUGCAUAUUUAAAGGAGUAUCUCCUUCACAUAUUAAACAAAGUCACAUAUAGUCCCAUCAUUUAGGAAGUAUUUCAGUAGCCAUCAUGCCCUCACCGUCGGACUCCAGCAGCGUGGCCUCGAUGUCAGGCUCUCGAGCUUUGUCCGGUAGUCGCAGAGGGAUGUCUGGGCGGACCAGUGCGCGCGUCCUGCUGUACCUGGGCUUGUGUCACCUUGCGCUGGGGGCCAUGGUGCUGGCCUUCAGCUUCACAAGUCUAGCCUUCACCUCAUCACCCCGUGUCAGACAGUCCUGUCCUUUCUGGGCUGGCUUCUUUGUUGUGGCGUCCGGAGUAGUUGGGGUAAUAUCAUGGAGGAGGCCCUUCACUCUUGUCGUGUCACUGUUUAUGCUGCUGUCUGCAGUGUGUGUGAUUCUCAGUCUGGCUGGUUCCAUGCUCUCAUGUCAGAAUGCACAGAUGGUCAAAUCUUAUGUUACCUGUCAGAUGCAGAAUCGUCUGUGUCUUUGCUGUGACCCCAAGCAGACGUGCUCUCUAACAGAAGAUGAGGCACUAGUGCUGUACCUACAUACAGACUGUCACUCUGUGCGUCACCAGCUCAAGGAUCUGCUGUUCAGUGCCUGCGGUCUUAGUAUUCUCUCUACUAUUAUCUGCACUCUGUCCACGGUCACCUGCAGCAUUCAUAUCUUCUCUUUGGACCUACUGCAUCUACUGGCUCCUCAUCGCUCUCGCUCUGUAAACCCGGAAUGCACUACUCCUCAGGAUGCAUUUCUCAGUAACAUGAUGGACUUUGAGGAGUUUGUUCCACCCAUUCCACCACCACCUUACUACCCUCCUGAAUACACCUGCAGCUCUGAGACCGAUGCACAGAGUGUCACAUAUAAUGGAUCAAUGGAGAGUCCAGUGCCUCUGUACCCAACAGAUUGCCCUCCCCCUUAUGAGGCAGUGAUGGGUCAAAGGGCUCCCAGUCAGGCCACAGUGUAUGACACUCAAGCUGGUGAGCUGUCUGGAGAGAGAGGAACAUCCACAGCAUUCAGUGGUGAAGUGUCAAUGGACAGUGGCUCUCUGUUGAUGUCUGAGAUUGUGGAUAUUCCAGAUGACAGCUCCCCAUCCGAGGACUCCUGCCUCAUGGAAGUAGGUGUUGGUGUGAGGCCACGGCCACGGGGGGGCAGCGAGGGAGGGGAGGGGGGAGAGUACGCCAGCCUCCGUUCUUCCACACAACAUCCUGAGGGAAUGGUGGCUCCUUCCAGAAGACGUUGUUUCAGAGGCGAGAGAUCGAACUCCUGCUCCUCCCCGAGCACGUACAACACCUCAACCUACAGGUCUCCAGUGUUGAGGCGUCAAGCUCUGUUGGCAAGUAGCUGCUCUCAGUUGGAGUUUCUAGCAGGAUCUCAACAUUCCUCUAUCCCAGAAAUCCGAGUUCGGCCCUGCACACCUUCCCGACGGGACUCCUCAUCUGCAUUUAGUAACCCACCUACCACAGCCCCAACAGGUCCUGCUCAAGACCGGCCGGACCACGCAGUACCGGUGCUCCUUCCACGGCCAGGUUUCCGUGAGCAAAUUGGACGUGAUAGAAAAGACAGCGACAGCUUCUUACCUCUCAUGAGGUCACACAGUGAACCAGGACUCAGCUCUUCAACUGACACAGGUGAUUUCAGUCUCUCAGGAGGCAAUAAAGGAGUCAGCGAGGGGGGAUCGCAGACCUCAUCAGAAACAGGGGUAUCGUCUGGAGCUGGUUUGCUGCCUCGCUCCUCUCUGGCACUUCCUGCUUCCCUGCCCAGAAAAGGCAGCAUUAAGGCUAUAAGUAGCCGUUUGCCCUCAAAACAAGUCCCAGCCACCUCGCUGCGUUUACCCAAAGACUGUGCACGCUCACUUGGAGACCUCAAGGUCACCAAAGUUUUAGUGCAACGUUUCCUGCAGAGAUCCAAACGUAACUUAGCCCCUGCAACUGAGCAUACCGGAAACUGUACUCAGGGGCCUAAAAGGAGGACAGCAGUUGAUGGAGGUCUGUCAUUAGAACAGGUACUUCGUAACUCUCUGGGGGCCAACAGGGGGCAGCAGCAGCACGUCCACCACCACUGCCGUGGACAUCAUCACUCCCUUAGUGACAGUCGCCAUAAUGCCCGCCGCCAUGAUGACGACCCUGUAAGGGCCGGGGGAAUCCACUUGCGUAGCUGCGGAGACCUCAACUCGACAUCCGUCGCAUCACUGCGCAGAAUCCACCCAGCGCCACAUGGAUCAUCAGGAGCUCUUUACUCAGAAUCUGCCCUCUGAAAUGAGGCGAGGGAUUCUGGAAUUAUUCACAUCUGGACUCAGGAGAGGGGGCAGAGAAAAUCUGAGAAAAGAAUAACAGGUUUGAGAUGAGGAAUUUAUCUUGCUGAAGGGAUGAUGUGAAGCAGAUAAAUAUGCUGUUUGAAAAACAGUAUAUAUACCAUUGGGAAAGCUUUUAGCUUUUUUUAAGCCGAACACUACACCCGAUAUAACGGAGUUUAACCCAUCAGACCCUCUGCUCUCUGUGCCUGACAAACUCUGGUCCUUUUGUUUUGUAUUUCCAUGUAUUAUUUGCUCCAUCUAAUGCUUAUUUCUCACUCACUGUUUACAUGGAUAUGGAAAGAAUGCAGCACCUCUGACGCUGUUCCUUGUCUUCACAGCUCAUUACAAUGCACUCAUGCAACUACAAACAUACAACCAUAUGUUUGGCUGUAACUAUGUUGUGAACUUGGGGGAAUUGAAAGGAAUAAUUAAAGGAAUUAAUUAAAGGAUUUAAAUGGAUUUACGGGAAUACACAAAAAGAAAAAUAACAGUAAAAGAAGCAGGAUGAAAGUAUUUGUAAAGUAUCAAUUCAAUUUGACUUAUUUCCAAAUAGUAUGUUAAUUAAAAAUAGGUACACAUUCAUUUUUUUGUGUAUGCCUAAUACGUCUUCACAUUCAAUUAUGCAUUACUUGAAUCACACAAAUGAUUCAGCCUACAUUUUCAAUUCCAAACAGUGAAAUUUAACAAAUAAAUUUGAGUAGUUUGCAUAUCAGACAUUUAGCAUUUCUGUAUUAAAACAGUUGUCAGGUAGUAAAUGGUUAACUACUUACAUCUUACCUCGUAUUCUUUCACUGUCAAACACUGAAGCAUCAUGCUAGAAUUUAUGUUCGGUAUCUGUGAACAGUAAAGCCUGCCUUCUUGGUUUUGAAAGGUCAUCUCAAUCAUUUUGACAAUGAUGAGAGCUGUUACACUGUUGAGGCAGACCAGCCUGAAAUGUAAUGUUUUAAAAUGUUUUGUCAUCCUAACAACAAACAGAGCAACAUAAAGAAUAUCAAAUAUUUGGAGGGACAAUUUGGCCAAUAUUCUAAAUAUUGGAAUGUGGGUGUCUAUAAAGGUUACGGCCCUGCAAACAUACACAUGCAAUAAAAUGCAUGACCACACACACUCAAAUGUGGUGUUAACUCUUUUGUAGCAAGCCACUGAACGCUUUUCACUAAACACUAUUCACUAACUGACCAUCUCACAAAGUCUAGCUAAUUAAUUAAAACAUCUGAGCAGCUGCAACAGCUGAGGUUGAUGCAGCAAUGCAUUCAUUGUCUUUUUUUGGUAGAAGUGCAUGUUUUUUUCUAAAAACAACUAAGAUUAUUCAAAUGGAGCUUUGAUCUUUUGCAUCUGUCUGUCUCUCAUGGCAGACUUUAGCUUCCCAGCCUGCGUAAAACUUUCCUAGAAUGCCUCUGCAUGUAUCGAGCAGGCUUGUUUUCUCUUUUUGAUUGAAUACCAAAUGCACCAACACACACAGAUACACAAAUAUGCUUGUGACAAAACUAGAUACCACUAAUGCAAAGAAAUGUUUGAGGGGACUUUGGAUUUUAUAAUACCGAAGAUUCUCUGGCAAUAAGCAUACUGUAGAUAUUGAACUGGAAGUGAGACAAUGAACCAAUCCAAACUGAUAUGUUCAAGGGUUUUAACAAUGUUCCGGACAGUCUGGGAAUAAUACUUUGGAAAGACAGCCAUGGACUUCUGGUGUAUCUGCUUUGUUGUAUUCAGAAAUGGAUGUACAUCUGAAGGAAUAAUUGCAGUUGUCAAUUGUCUAGAAGUGCUUUGGAAUACAAGCUAAUGGCUUUGAAUCAGUAGCAAUGUUGCUAAAUAAUGCAUUAAUACAAUUGCUCUAUAUGUAAAUAAGUUUGAUGCACGGACCCUCACGCUCACACACUUUCUGCAACUUUGAAGCACUGAAACCAAGUCUGAAAAAGAGCUUGAUAUUCUACCUCUUGUAUUGCAUAAACUGACAUGUUAUGGCCCAGUGAAAUAUUUUAAUUAAUUUAAGGAUUUUAUGGACUAUUUAUGAAACAACUUCUACACUGACUGAUGAAAACACUGUUAUUCUGGGAAUAUGAUGCCUAAAAAGAACAUUUAAAACAGCUCUACUUCAUGAACUUUUAAUGCAAGUUAUGUAAAAUCACAACAAUAAACGUAUACACAUCAAAUUUA